AUGGCGUGGGGUACAGAUACAUACACCACGAAGUGCCACACUCUCAUCGAAGCUUUGGGGGAGGUAACGCCCCAACGAACAAUAAUCUAUAGCCUAGCAGCUAUUACUACCUAUCUCAUCCUGGCAUCAUCGAUCCGCUUUCACCGACGCCGCACCCUGCACAAGGAAUACCCCUAUCAAACCCGGGAAUCGAUGAGCAAAAUGACCAAUCAAGAUGCCUGGGCUAUCCAGAAGACAAUUCUUCAAAUGGAGUUUCCCUUCAUCGUCCUCAAAUCUCUCCAAUUUGCCCUUUUCCGAACAUACGGCAUUCCGACUAUAUCAAGUCUCCUACUAAAGACGUCUCAGUUCUCCGACUCUGCAACUUCAUUCAAACGCUACGCCGACACAGGAGCACUCAUCGGCGAAUUCAUGGCAUUCGACCCCCAUUCCGAACGUGCCCAGACGGCCAUCGCCCGAACCAACUUCCUCCACAGGGGAUAUCGCGCAAGUGGGAGGAUUCUCGAAGAUGACAUGUUAUACACGUUGAGUCUCUUUGCAACCGAGCCCAUCCGUUUUGUGAAGCUGUACGAGUGGCGCGAGAUGACUGAGAUGGAGCAAUGUGCCGUUGGGACAUACUGGAAGAGUCUUGGAGAUGCACUAGGUAUCAGUUACGCCAUAUUGCCAUCCGGGGAAGGUGGGUUUCAGGAUGGGAUUCAUUGGUUGGACGAGCUUACUACCUGGAGCCAGGAGUACGAGGUCCACCAUAUGAAACCGCAUCCAAGGAACAAGGAAAUUGCGGAUAAGACGAUUGACGUGUUGGUCUAUAACCUGCCACGGUUUAUGAAGCCGUUGGGAGUGUACUUUACUUCUUUCUUGAUGGAUGACAGACUUCGAACUGCUAUGAUGAUUGAUCCGCCCCCUGUUUUGUUCGCCGCGCUCUUCGGGUCAAUGCUUCAAUUGCGCAGGUUGUUCCUACGCUAUGUGGCUCUCCCACGGCCAAACUUCAUGCGCCUGGAUGUCUUUACAGAAAAACCAAACGAGAAUGGUCGGAACUUCGUGUUAUUCUACGAGGGUGCACCUUUCUAUGUGCAGCCCACAAUUUGGAAUCGCUGGGGUCCCGCGGCGUUAUUGAAGUGGGCCCUGGGACAGCCCUUGCCUGGAGAUGAAGGGGACAAGUACUAUCCUCAAGGGUAUUAUACGCCUGAUUUGGGUCCCAAGUACUUUGAAGGCAAGGGACGCAAGGAGAUGGAAUUGAUUAGGGAGAACAUUCGGAAGCAGCGAGUGGAUCGAUGCCCAUUUUCAUAA